CUGCUGCAACAAACCAGACAUUCACCAGCUCUGGGGAGAUGAACAUCGCCAACUGCCCCAUCACUUAUUAUGGACACAAAUAUGACAAAGUCUAUGUGGCCUUCGAUGCUGACACAUUUGCAGUUUGCUUCAAUGGCGUGUACAGACCUGGAGUCAAAGACGACUGUAUUCUGAUGUCUGGAGGGAGCGCUGACAGAGGAGGACUAUCAGUACUGACCAAAGCAAUACCCACUGGAUCUGGGGUCCAUAAACUGCUGCCCAACCUCAAGAAUGCUGGUGAAUGUGUCAACAUAAUACCUUUAAAAGACAGUCAACAAGUUGAAAUCGAACAAGUUGAACUUGGUAACUUUGGGACACAAGCAAUUCUGGCAAUCAAGACAUAUUCUGGGUACCAAAGUGUUGCUGUUGAGGCAGAUGCUCAAGUGAACGGCCUCACAGUUUCUAAACAGACAUUCCAGACAGCAGAUACAAACAAUGGCGUGAUCACAGACGUGAGCGGAUGCAGACUCUCAGGUGUCGUUUAUAAGACAAAUACGACAGUAUUCGACCCCAACAUCUGCUCCACUGUCACCUGUGAUGUGAGUGGAGUUGCUACUGCCAUCAGUGAUUGUGGUCCCAUGGAGCUCUGCCAGGGCGAUGGGAGUUGUGUGAUGAACACCAUGUGCACAGUGACUGGCUCCACUGUCAUCAGUUUCGUUGGCAGAGUUCACUCUGUCCCCGACCGCUGUGUGUACACACUGAUGACGGCCUCAUCCAUCCCGGGGCUCCGGGUGUUGGGGCUUUUCCAGGAAAGGCGGCGUAAAGAUGUUAGUUUUUUGGAUCGUGUGAUUCUGCAGCUGGAUAGAGCAGGCGUUGACAUUUCACUGGAACAAGGUGGUAGAGUUCAGCUAAAUGACAAAGUGCUGACGCUCAACACCACAGCUCAGGUUGUCCAUGGUGUGGAGCUCUCUAAGGACCAAACUGGACUGACUGCUAAGAUAUCAGCCUCCAACUACACCGUUUCUGUCUUCUUUGAUGGCUACACCACAUCAAUCCACAUGACAGGACCAAGUGGAGAACCAGUGAACGGUUUAUGUGGCAAUUCUAACAAGUCUUUGAUUGAAGAGAAGGUUUCUGACCAUUCAGACGCAGGCUGUGAGAUACAGUAUGAUGACGCUGCUGACAGGACAAUCAACUGCAACACCACAACUAAAUGGUGUAAUCUCCUGAAGCGGAGUCCCUUCACUGCUUGCAAUAAGCACAUCGACCCAGAGCCCUUCAUAACUGCCUGCACACACACUUUGUGCAAAUACCCUGCAGUGGAUCAUCUUAAGUGCCAGUUCCUGGAGGCCUACGCCAGGACCUGCAGCCAGCACAGCAACGUCACUGUGGAGAGCUGGAGGUCCAAGACCAACUGUCCUGCUGUCCCUCAGGCCUUCUGCCCGGACAGGUUUUGCAGUCCUCAUGAGUUCUGCGGUAGCAGCAUUGGUGGGGAACCCCGCUGCCUCUGUCGGGCCAUUUUUGCCUCCGAGUACAGAUCAGCAGGCACCUAUGGUGAGCCAACGGCCUGUGAUCAUAAGGCUGCUACGCUAACUCUGGCUAAUUGUCUCUUGGAGGACAAUAGCAUCGACUACUCCUUCUUACAUCUCAAUGAUGAGGCCUGCAAAGGUGAAAUGAACAACCUGACCCACAUGGUGACGUUCAGCUUUGAUAGCAGCAACACUUGUGGUACAGUGGUCAUGGCAAACAACAGUAAAAUUAUCUACAAGAACACCAUCAUGAGACGGAACAUCUCCACGUUUGGCCCAAUCAACCGUCACAGACCCGUGCAUAUCGACUUCUCCUGUUAUUACAGCCAGCCACAUAUCAAGAGCAUGGCCAUCAGAAUCAAAGACAGCUCUGUGACGCAGCAGAUAACAGCUGGUGAAUGGAAUUACAAUCUAACCAUGAAGGCCUACUACGAUGCUGGCCGCUUGAAUGCUAUCGAGUCAAGUACCGAGAUCCAACUGGACGAGAAAAUCUGGGUGGAGCUGAAGACAGAGGGGCUGGACAAAAACAUGAUAUUUGUGGUGACGGACUCCUGCUGGGCGACUGACCAGCCUUCACCAAAUAGCAGCCUGAGAUAUGACCUCAUCAUCGAUGGCUGCCCUAACCCAGCUGACCAGACGGUGCAAAUGGAGGGCAAUGGCCUUGGAGCGUCCAACUACUUCUCUUUCAAUUCGUUCCAGUUCUCCGGCAAAAAUGGUGACAUCUACUUGCACUGCAGAUUAGAGCUGUGUGUCGCACAGAGUAAUGCCUGUGCCCCGAGCUGCAGCCAGUCUAGGAGAAGGCGUAGAUCUGUCAUGCCAAAAUAUGUGGAUGCCUUAAUCAGCCUGGCCUGGGCUCAGUAGGAUUCCAGCAAGCUCAAGACCCAAAAUGAUUCGUGUUUUGGCUUUGCCCCAGUGAAGAGUCUGGGAUCAGUUAUCAUUGCUUUAAAUCAUAAUUACCAGAAUGCUAUACUGAUGGUUUUCUACCCUUAAAUCUGUUUUGGCUUCU